UAUUGUGGUAUUUGAUUAUAUUAUACCUAUAAAUACUCUGACGUUGUUUUAUAUUCUUGAUUCAACUUAUUCAAGGGCAAGUUCCGAUAUAUAAUCAAAAUAAAUGAUGAGUUAUUGUUUAUAACAAACAAACAACGUAUGUACCUUACCGGCUUUUUCAAUUCGCGUGCAAUAGCAUAGAAGCUGACUCAAACUGAUGUUAUAUAUUUGAAAAAUACUUACCUCAAGAAUUUGCUACUACAACUCAAGAACUCGUUAAAAUUUAAUCAUUAUUUUGCCAUUUCAAACCAAAACAACAAUGCAAGUAGAACACAGGAUUGUACAUUUGGACUUGAAGGGUGCUCCUUGGAAGAUUCCUUAUUUAGAAAAGGUAUUACUAAAAGCCAAAGCAUGGGGCGCUACCGGAGCCCUGUUCGAAUGGGAAGACACAUUUCCGUAUAAUGGAGAGCUUGUGGCAUUAGGAAGUAUUACGGGAUGCGGGGGAGAUGGCAUGUACACAAUGGACGAAGUUAAUCAUAUCUUGAGAUUUUGUAAAGAAAAUAGCUUGGAAGUUAUCCAAUUAAUCCAAACCAUGGGUCACAUGGAGUUUGUACUGAAGCACCCAGCAUAUGCACCUCUCCGGGAACUCCCAGAGUCUCCCACCUCGCUCUGUCCGUCCAAACCGGAGUCCCAGGUUCUAGUCCGAGCCAUGCUCGAACAAGUGCUGGAUGCUCAGCCUGAUGCGGCUUAUUUACAUAUUGGAGCAGAUGAGGUAUGGUACACAGGUGUAUGUUCAGAUUGUAAAAAGAAACUAGAAGGGAAUGCAGAUGGAACAGCAUCACUUUACCUGGAACACGUACAAAAUUUAGCUCUAUUCCUUAAGGAAAAGAGACCAAAUUUGACUAUCUUGAUGUGGGAUGAUAUGUUAAGGCCCAUGCGUUUGGAUACAUUGAAAUCGUACAAACUAGGCGAGUUGGUGCAACCAGUGGUGUGGGAUUACAAUGUGGUGCACCAUUUCAACAUACCACCAGAUUUGUGGACCAAAUACUCGGAGAUGUUCCCGAAGGUGUGGGCCGCUUCGGCGUUCAAGGGCGCCAAUGGAAUUAAUAAGGUGAUAUCGCCAGCCAGUAGAUACGUGAGCAACCACGUGGCUUGGGUGAAUGAAUUUGAGAAAUAUCCGAAUAUCAAUUUCGCUGGAAUCAUAUUGACUGGAUGGUCGAGGUACGAACAUUUCAGCCCACUCUGUGAGAUAUUGCCAGUUUCUAUGCCGAGUUUGGCGAGCUGUUUGGCCAAAGUUGACGGCCGAACAUUAGAGACGUCAGUGUGUGAAGAUUUGCCGGCCGAGGAAUGGCCCGGCGGCCAUCUUGCUAAAUGCAUCAGAUAUGCUGUCUCGUUGACUGAGGAUUGUCAGAAAUUUGUUGCUGGACAAACAAAUUUGAAUCCUGACAUGGAUUCCGCGCAAGUUGAAAAGAAAAAUGAAAUUUCGGAAAAUCCUGCUGAAAUGCUCAAAGAAUUGCAAGCGGUGAAAGACGAUGUGUCGAGGCUACUCUCUGAAAUAACAGGGAAAAGGAGUGCGCAAGAAUGGGUUCAAGUUUAUCUCAUGCCGUCUAUAACAAUGUUGACAGAAAUAAUUAAAUAGACCAUUCAAAAUUGGCCAAAGAUUGAAUUCAGAAGUGUAGAGCAAUAAUAUAAAUGCCGCCUGGAAAAGAUGCUACAUAGUAGAUGAUUGUACCAUAGACAAAUCAUGAUCAUCCUGAUUAAAAUAGAAUAAUUUCCGAAAACUAUUACGUACUAUUUAUGCUUAAAAAAAACUUAUUUAGCUUUGGAUGUGUGAGAAAUCAAAGGCAAGUCAGCCAUAGUUAUUAUUUGAUUUUUGUCAAACAAACGGUUGUAAUUUACUUAAUUUUAGCAAUAAGUGCAAUUGUGAUCAAAUAAAUAGUAAUCUGUGAA